CGCACGCGUGGUAUUGCACAGUCAAUACGUUUGGAUUAUUAGAAACGUGCUUUUCACAUAUUUGGAGUCUGAGCACUGACUAAAGGAAACAGUCACUAUGAUAACGCCAGCAUUUGAAUUGAGUCAGGACUCUAAUUUUCUCACAAUAACAAUUAAAGUGCCUUAUGCUAGAGUCUGUGAAGUGGAUUUGUACAUCGAUGGAGAAGAUUUUAAAUUUUUUGCCAAGCCAUACUUCCUUAGGUUAACCCUUCCUGGAAGAAUUGUGGAAGAUGGACGGGAAAAAGCUUCUUACAAUGCUGAUGAAGGAGCUUCUAGUGGUAACCAAACAAAUGAAGGCACAGAGGAGGAAGAGGACGAUGAAGAUGAGGAAUUUGACUGGCAAAUUGAACAGGUCCCAUUUCAAGUUGAGCCAGAACAUUCUUUAACAUUGCAGUGCUAUUAUGGAUUUGGUAACCAGCGAUCAGGGAUCUUUACAAGGUUACAGGAUGAGCUGAGUGAAGCAAUAGAUUUGAAAAAUCCAGACAGUACUUCUCCAGUGGAACGUACAAAAAAACGCCUAGCUGUCGAGGAGGCCAAAUUUGAUCCUGAUCAUUAUCUUGCUGACUUCUUUGACAGUGGUGCAGUUCAGGAACUACUGAGGUAUAAGCCAUGGUGGGAUGAUCUUUAUAAGAUGAAGAAAGAUGAAGCAGACUGUCAUGAACAUGAAAAACAAGAAACUUUAAUUUCUUUUUCUGAAGGAGAAAAGCAGCAGCUGAAAAACUUCACAAACAGAUCUUAUAUACUGGAUAAGCGAGCUUGCCACCUUGUGCUUCUUAGCCUUGUUGAUAUAAUCCUGGCGUAUGCAUAUGAGAUCCGCAACACUGAAGGGGAGAAAAAUGUAGAAUCCUCGUGGAAUAUUAGAAAGCUGAGUGGAACACUAUGCUGGUUUGAGAACUACAGCUGUUUACAAGAUGUACUGGUAUGUUUCGGAAGGAGAGUUCUGUGCUAUCCAUUAUACAGGCACUUCAUGCUGGUGACAAAAGCAGUACAGGAUGCAAACAAAAUUUUUCAUUUGGGAAGAGCCUGUGUGUUGAAAUGCUUGUUGGAUAUUCAUAAAAUCUUUCAGGAGUGUGACCCUGCUUACAUACUUAAUGAUCUGUACAUCACUGACUACUGCAUCUGGAUACAAAAGCAAAAACCCAAAAAACUAGCAUCUCUUGCAGCAUCAUUGCAAAAUGCCAAACUGACAAAGUCUGACUUGGGUUUCGAACUUGAGGAGUUGGAACAUGCAGCCAUGCUGGUGCAGGAAGACCAGCAUAAGUCACAACAGGCCAACUGUGUCUCUGGGCAGCAAUUUUCAUCAGAAUCAGAGACAGAUGAAUUUGAGGAAUCAAGCAGCUGUUCUUCAUCUGGAACUGAAGAGUCUGAUUCAGAUGCAGAGGAAUCACCCUCUCAUAAAACGGUUACAGGAAUAAAAGAACAGCACUUAAAAUCCUCAAUUAACCCUUGUGGAGCAGCUGAUGAGGUGAAACCAGCACUUAGUGUAGCAACUGGUAAUUCUGUGAAUGAUAAGAACCAGAGUAGAGUAUUAGAUGUUAACAAUGAGUCUGACAUUACUUUGUCAUCAUGUGAUCGAAGAAAACUAAUAGAAGUAGUAGAUGAGCAACGUGAUUCUGAAGGCAGGCUAUUGCAGAACACUGAAUCAAAUAAAAAUUCUGAGGGGGCGCCUCAUAAGGAAGAGCUUCAUUCAUUUGAAACAAAGGAAUAUUUUCAGCAGCCUGAGGCAGCAGCUCCACAGGGAGAUUUCCUGGAGGUCUCUUCUCUGAAAAAGCAUUGCUUUGUGCUGCAGAAUCUAGUGAAGCAGAGAAUUUGUCAUAGCUGGCAUAGUUCCCAGUUACUCAGUAGGAUAAUAUAUCACUAUGUUUUUUUCUUGGUGCCAUACAACAUUCGUGCCUUGCAAAGCUCUGCUUUGAUGCUAUAUGAAAGUAUGAUGUGGUCUGUUAUAGUGCAUGUUGGACACUUUGUUUCUACUGUAUCAAUGAGAAAAAACAUGAAAACUAAUGUUAUUUCUUAUUCAUUAGCCCGGUAUACAAGCAUGCAUUCAUCCAUCAGAACAUUUUAGAUAAGAUUAGUUUGCGAUGAUAAGGCUAAUAAGUUGUUCUUUUGUAAAACAGCAUGGUAUUUUUUAAAUUCCCUUUGGGCAGCCACAAAUAAAACUUAUAGAAAACUUGGUUAAACAUGA